ACAAACACCUCAGCAUCAUGCCACCCCAAAAAGCCCUCAUCAUAGGCGCUGGCAUAACAGGCCCAGCAGCCUCGCUCCUUCUGCACUCCCUCGGCCUACAAGUCACAAUAUACGAACUCCGUCCUUCCCCCUCCCCCCUUGGUGGGGCGAUAAGCCUCGCCCCGAACGCCCUCCGCAUACUUGACAAACUCGGAGUCUACGAAAAGUUAAAGACCUUGGGGUGCAGCGUUUCCGUGACCCAAAUGUUCUCGGCAAGCACUGGGAAAGCAUUGGGCAGUUUGUGUUUCGGUGAUAAGUCUCGGCAUGGAUACGAGAGUCUACGUGUGCCUAGGCGAGAGUUACAGAACGUGCUCCUGGAGAGGGCGAGGGAGCUUGGCGUUGAAGUCAUAUUCGGGCAGAAAUUGGUGGAGGUGGUGGAACAGGAGAAUGGAGUAAUUGCAAAAUUCGAAGGCGGAGAAGGAGUGAGGGGGGAUUUACUUCUCGGCUGUGACGGGAUCCACUCCGCCGUUCGGAGUAGGCUUGUGCAGACUGAUAGACUCCCAGUGUACACUGGAGUCGCGGCAUCCUAUGGCAUUGUUAAGAAGGCUGCGCUCACAGCGCCCAUUCCUUUCAAUACAACCGGGUUUUUCAAUGGAAGGUGUGGGUCUAUUAUCGUCAGUUAUUGCGAUGCGGCCAUGACGGAGGUGUAUUGGGCGGCUGUUAUGGAGGUUCAGAAGCAGGAGUCGAGGGAUGGGUGGAGGACUGUGGGUGAAGAUAGAGACGCAGUGAAGAGGGAUGUGCUGAAGAGGUUCGAAGGGAGUGCGGUGGGAUGUAUUAAAGAGCUCAUUGAGGAAUCAGAAGACGUCUAUUUAUACCCCGUGUGGAAGUUGGGGCAUGGCGGGAAUUGGCAUUCCAAGAGAUGCGUGUUGCUUGGGGAUGCUGCUCAUGCGGUGUGUUUCAAUUUUUCUCUUUCGAAUCUUCUCACCAUACCCUUUAUGAAAAGUUACUAAGUGGGUAAUAUAGAUGCCGCCUCACGGAGGAAGUCAAGGCUUUAGUCUUGCAUUGGAGGACACAGUUAUCCUUUCUCGCAUCCUAGAGAAAGAAGGGCUAGACGACCUGGAGAGGGUAUUCGUUCGAUUCGAAGAGGUCAGAAAGCCGAGGGUGGAUAAGGUUUACCUCCAGGCGAACAAGAAUUGGGAGGGUAUCAAGGACAUCGGAUGGUUUGCGAACAUGAUCAAGGAGUUCUUUAUGUGGAUUUAUCUGAUUUUUUUCGCAAAGAGUGUGGAGGAGUCGUAUUUGUAUGAUGCGCACAAAGUGGAGAUAUAGUUUCUCAUAACAUCAUACUUCGCUUAUAUUUAAUGCUAGUAACCCC